UAAGGGGAAGCACUCUCACGGUAGUCUUGCUAAUCUUUUGCUUUGCUUAGAACAUGCUCUUAGUGAUGGGAAACCCGUCGAUAGCAAGUGUCAAUCAGAGUUAUUUGACAUCCGCAAACAACUCAUGGAAGACUUCAAAAUCAACCCUGAAGUUGUAUCAAGUUGUGAAGACGAGAUUCAAAACCACUGCUCAAAGGGCAAGGAAAGAGAAGGAAAGACUCUUGACUGUUUGAUGAAACUAGCUGAAGAACAUACAAAAAUMAGCAAGAAAUGCACCAAGGCUCUGUCGACAUUGCUUAAAGAAACUGGUGCAGGUGGGGAUUAUCGCAUUGACCACACCCUCUAUAGAGCAUGCGAACCUGUAGUGCAGACAACUUGUAAAGACAAGGGAAGGAAAGAUGGUGAUGUCAUGAUUCUUACUUGUCUGAUGGAUCACUUGAACUCUGAAUCCAUGGUCCCAGAGUGCAGAGAACAACUUCUGCAUUUACAGUUCUUUGUUGCUAGGGACUUCAGACUUGACCAAGAGCUGUACCAAGCUUGUAAAAAAGAUGCAGCUGACGUCUGUCAUGCGCCAAAGUUUGACGAUGAAAACGAUGAGAUGCCAAGUGGCAUGAUUGUAUCWUGUCUGUAUAGAAACUCCUUCCCUGGUGGCAAGGUAAGGAUCUCCAGUUUAGAGCCAAUAGUCUUAAGUCCUAACCUAAAGGAAGUCUUUGAACAAUGUGCUUUUGGAAGUUUCACUGUAUGUUAAGGAUUUCCAGUGUAGAGCCAUUAGUCUUAAAUCCUGACUCAAAGAAAGUCUUUGGAUUUUCUUCUGGAGGUUUCACUGGCCAUUCACCUAAUA